CCAUUGGGGAAUCUUGGCCUAUGCCUUGAUUAAAAGCUACAGGGCCGAGGAGUCUCCGUCUUGGAAACCAGGUCCCGAGAACCAUGAUUGCUACUCUGGUGCCGCUAAGUCGGUGGCUGACAACCCGGUCCAGCUAAAUAAGUAGUGAUGAUACCGCCAGCUGCGACUGGUCCUCUGAACGUUGCGCAUUCACGGUAUCUGCAUAGCCACGAGAAGGAAAAAUGAAGACUUCGACUCUCCUCGGAGCUGCCGUAGCAGCAGCCCUCAACGUCAAACUUGCCAGCGCGCACUGCUACAUCUGGGGUGUCUUCGUCAAUGGCGUCGAUCAGAGCUCCUUCCGCGGUAUUCGCACACCAGCCUAUAACGGCGCACCGCCGAGCGGAUACGCAAACUCGCCCGUCAAGGACCUGGACUCGAUUGACAUGCGCUGCAACGUCCUAGGCGACCAUCAAGUGCCAGACACGAUCCAGGUCCAGCCGGGUGAUAACCUGACCUUUGACUGGCACCAUGACUCCCGGACGGCAACAGACGACGUCAUCGACAAGUCGCACGUUGGCCCGGCAAUGGUGUACCUGUCGCCCGACCCACCGGGCGAGAACACGUUUGUCAAGAUCUGGCACGAGGGCAAAUACGAGGAGGGCGCCGAGCCGCUGGCCCCGGGCAAGUGGGCAACGACGCAGGACGUCAAGGCCAACCUCGGGCGCAUGAAUGUGCGGAUCCCGGCUGAGCUGAAGGCGGGGCACUAUCUCAUCCGUGCGGAGAUGGUAGGGCUUCACGAGGCCGACGCGUCGUGGCUGGAUAACCCCAUGCGCGGCGCUCAGUUCUACCCCAACUGCGUCCAGAUCGAGGUCCUCGGCAACGGGACGGUGGAGCUCCCGUCUGGGGUUUCGUUCCCUGGAGCGUACAAGUAUUCCGACCCCGGUGUUGUGUAUGACGUCUACUGCUCUACGAAGACGACGACGACGGUACCAUGCACUACGACUUACGAGAUCCCAGGCCCCACAGUGUGGUCGGGGGCUUGGGCCGACACAACCAACGUCGAGGUCGGCCCCGUCGAGGGCCCGACGACGGCGCCGAGGUGGAACAGCUGGAUCCAGAGGUCUGUGGUGACCUCGGCGACCUUUAACGGGAACCAGCCCGUGGUCGUGGCUACGUCGAGCUACGAGGCGACGUGGUCGACUACGUAUGAGACUCCCAAGCCGACGGCAGCAUGAACAUACCUAGUUGCUCUCUGAGAUGGGGCCAAGUAACGCAUGGUGUGGGAGUUGGGUAUUACAGCGAUGGCACGAUUGAUAUCAAGGGGAGGUGCUGAGGUAGUUCAUUGUCCUACCUGAACACGGGGCCAUAAUUCUACGAGCGAAAUACAAUUUGUAGUUCUGAGUACA